AUGAAAUCUCUUUCUUUUAUUGCCCUUUCACUUUUAACUGCUGUCAAUGCAGCUAGUGUUACCUUCAAGCUCAUUGCACCAAAUGCUACUGAAAAAGUUCAAGUAGAUGUUGGUGGCCAUUUAACCACUUUGACUGCUUCUGACCCUGAUAUUCCUUAUUUUACUGGUGUCGCUGAAUUAGCUGUGAAUCAAACUUAUAAGUACAUCGUUGAUGGUCUUCAUGAAAAAUUUGACCGUACUUUGAGUCCUAAGAGUAAUGGUUCAUCUACUCUUAAUGAAUUCUUUGAUCGUCCUGUCACUUAUGCAACUGAUAUUCCUCCAUUGCCUCUUACUCUUACACAAGGGGCUUGGACUCGUGGCUCUACAGAUGACCCCAUCUGGGAUAGCAACUAUAUUCCUACCAUUUUUGUCACUGCUAAUCAAAAGGAUAUGAACAAUUUGAUUUUAAAUGUCCCCAAAAGCACCUAUAAAGCCAAGAUUACCUUUAUUGGUCCUGAUAGUGUUCAUAGUUUUGAGAAUUGUUUAUUUGGCCUUCAUAAGCCUGGUCGUAAACAUAAUGAUGCUAAACAAAGUUGGGUUUGGUCUCUUCCUAAAGGUCAAUUUUUUGCUAAUCGUAAUUGGUUCAAGAUUAGACAUCAAGAAGAAGAUCCUACACAAAUUCGUGAAAAACUCUAUGCUGAUCUCUUGCGUCAUAUGGGUACUUAUGCCAAUGAAGCCAACUUGGUUCGUUUCUUCAUCAAUAAAGAAGGCAUGGGUACCUUCAACAUGCUUGAUGAUGUGAUCAUGUAUUCUUAUAUUAGUGCCAUGUUCUACAACGGUAAACCUCCCUCCCAAAUGGGUGGUCUCUAUGAUGGUGCCACUGGCGCAGACUUUAAUCCUAAAACUGGUUAUGAUAGUUUCAUUCCUAAUGUUGAAUCUCCCGUUGAUCAAUAUGCUCUUGCUCCCUUCGCUGAAGCCUUUGCUGCUGUUGAUUAUAAGAAUGAUGAACAAGUAAAGGCCAUUAACCAAUGGUUUGAUGUAGAUCAAUACCUUCGUUUCAUGAUCAUGGAAUACCUCACAGGUUCUUGGGAUGCUUACUGGAUGGCACAAACGAAUGAUGGUGCUUAUAUCGAUUCCGCUGCUAAACCCACCAUGUUAUAUUAUCUUCCUCAAGAUUUUGAUGCCACCUUUGGUGUCAACCUUGCAUACCCAAAGAGCUUUAUUAACAUCACUGUCAACGAAUGGCCUGCUAAAUUCAAUAAGGCUUUCUUGAUCAACAACUUUGUCUCUAACCCUACCUUGAAUGCUACCUUUAGAGGAUAUUUGAAGACAACUGUUGAAGAACUUUUCAACAUGAAGGUCCUUGAACCCUAUAUUACAGCUCGUCAUAAGUUCAUGUGGCCUGAUCUUGUCUGGGAUCGUUCUAUCAAACAAAGAUCUCCUGGUAAUGUCUAUGGAUGGACUGCUAAGCAAACAAAAGAAAACUUGUAUAAGGGUGUUACUGCACCUGGUAAGGAGUCUGGUGGUGCUCAAUGGGGUCUUCUUGAAUGGAUUAAGGCUAAGGAAGAAGUUGCUAGACGUGAAUUAAACAUUACCGAGUCCGACAUAAAGGAUCCAUCAAGUACAAGUUCUGCUCCUGUUAGUACUGCUACCAGUACUGAUUCUGCUUCUACUAGUACUGCUUCUGCUAGUGUUACUACUAUUAUUCUUUCUAGCGUUAAUACUGCUACUGCUACUGAUGCUACUGCUACCGCUACUGCUACUGAUGCUGCUCAUAAAGAAGGGGAUAAGACAGUUAGUGCUGCCGCCAAAGCUACCUCUACUAGCGUUGCUGCUAAAGAGCAAUAUGCUACCUCUGGUGCUUCAAAGGCUAUCCCUCAAGUCUUGUCCGUUAUGGCUAUUGUUGGUGUCAUCGCAACCGCUCUUUUCUAA